AUGAAUGAUGUGGAUGAUUCAGAUCUCAAACUACACGCGUAUUCGGAAUUGCUAUAUAUUAAUAGCUUCUGGUCCUACUUCCCUAUUACAAAACGGGCGUGGGUGUUUCAGGAACGUCUGCUCUCAGGUAGAGUUGUACACUUUGCCGGUUCCGAAUUGAAUUGGGAAUGUCGCUCAGUGAGGACAUGCGAGUGCGGUGAGAUCUCAACCUCCACCUCUUUGCCUGAGAAGAUCCAGUUCUCAGGUAGUUUGGCCGAGUUGAGUGGGCAGUAUAAUUGGAUUGCAGAAGGACUGCCAUCCUCGGCACCAGGAAAUGGCCAAGACGAAAAUCUGGACUACAGCAAGUUUACCCCGGCACUACUCCAUUCGCCCAAAUGGACCAAAAGCUACGAGAAACUCUAUCGAGCGGGGCUAUGGAUGGACUCGUUGCAUCUAGAUCUUUUGUGGCUCGUCUAUAAACCUGAAAAGCGUCCUAUUGCAUGGAGAGCCCCGACAUGGUCGUGGGCAUCUCUUGAGUACCACAACGACGACUUUAUUCGCUUCGACUCUGACUCAGAUUGCAGAAACUCGGGCAAGGGCAGCUGGGUCUCGUUGGGGAAGAUAGGGAGCGAAGAUUACUCUCCUGUUGCAGAUAUUCUGGAAGCAGUUUGCGUUCCAGCUGGUAUUGUCGAUUCAACCGGAGAGCUUGACUCUGCCCACCUUCUACUUUCAACUUUUGCAAUCUCCGGAACACUAGUGAAAUGGCCGGGAGUACUCGUUGAAUAUGGUGUCAGUCCUGUCUGGCUCGUUGUCGGGAACUUAUGGAUCAGCCAAGGCGACAGCCAUACUAGGAGCUUGCAUUUGGACGCUCCGAUCAUUAGCGCUAAUUCCGGGUGGUCGAUUCCCGUUCGCAUUAUUCGCAUAACAGAUUUCGGUGCCAAGACAGGCAACCAUCCUGAUAUGGCCUGUCUGGUGAUUCGAUCAAAACGAGCCGCAACCGCAGAUGGACACAUUGAGUAUGAACGUCUUGGUUACGUCCGAUUUGUAGAACAAGGAUUCUCACAAUUGCCGGCCAUCUCGAACGAACAUUCAACUCCAGAACCCAGCAUUCGAGAUUGGUUGAUAAGAUAUCGGGAAUAUAUCAAAGGGAAACAUACGCGGGAAUUGGGCGUAUCGAAUCUGGGGCGUCUCAAAGAUUGUUUCGAAGAAUCAGGGCGUGAGAUUUUCAAGAUUAUGUAG